AUGUUAAUUGUUUAUCGAGGAGCGAAACUUGACAAAGAAGAAUUUGAUAAACUAAAAGAAAAUCAAGGAAAACUAAUUUCAACUAAUGGAUAUUUAUCAACUAGUCAACUUCGACAACCAGCACUUGCCUUUGCAAUGAAAUCAACAAAAAGAGUAGAUGUUGUUUCUGUACUAUUUCAAAUUAAAUGUCAUAUUAAACAAAUUGACAAAACGGUUAUUUUUGCUGAUAUUACACAAUUUAGUGAGUAUCCAGAAGAAAAAGAAGUUUUAUUUGAUUUAAAUGCUUGCUUUACAAUUGAAUCUAUUGAACAAAAUGGAUCAAUACAAUUAAUUAAUAUGAAUGUAUCAAAUGAAGGACAAAUAAUUACAAAAGAUUAUAUUGAAUUAACACAAAAAGAAACAGAAGAAAAAAGUUUUUCGAUUGUAUUUGGAAGAUUGAUGUGUAAUUUAGGUUACUAUGAUAAAUCAUUGAAAUAUUUUCAACAAUUAUUAAAUGAUCCUAAUGAUGAAGAUCUUGCUUGGAUUGAAUAUAAUAUUGGUAGAGCUCUUCAUUUUAAAGGUGAAUGGAAAGAAACGAGAGAAUAUUAUGAUCGUGCAUAUGAUCGAAUGAUGAUGAGUAAUCCACCACGCAUCAAAGACUCAGCUCAUGUACUCAAUAAUAUUGGGCUUGUUCUUCAUAAACAAGGACAGUACAAUGAAGCUCUCGACUAUCAUCAACGAUCAUUAAAAAUACGAGAGAAAUAUUAUCCAUCUGAUCAUGUUGAUAUUGCUAAAAGUCUCAACAGCAUUGGUCUUGUUCUCUCCAAACAAGAAAAAUACGAUGAAGCUCUCGACUAUUAUCAACAAGCACUGAAAAUGAAAGAGAAAUAUUAUCCAUCUGGUCAUGUCGGUAUUGCUACAAGUCUGAAUAACAUUGGUCUUAUUCUCUACGACCAAGGAAAAUAUGACGAAGCUUUCGACUAUCAUCAACAAUCAUUGAAAAUGAGGAAGAAAUAUUAUCCAUCUGAUCAUGUCGAUAUUGCUACGAGUCUCAACAACAUUGGUAAUAUUCUCCGUCAGCAAGGAAAGUACGAUGAUGCUCUUGACUAUUAUCAGCGGGCACUAACUAUUUAUGAGAAGUUUCAUCUUGUGGAGUAUCCAGCUCGAAUAACAACCGAGCGUAAUAUUCGUGAACUCACUGAAAAAAAUGAACUUGUUAAAUUAUGA